AACUACCCCUCACUGUCAGCACUCAGUGAGUCUACAGACUCAUCCAGCAUCAAUAUCCGUCCUCUGAGCUACUUUGAGGAUGUGACAGCAGCUGUGUCAGAGGUCAGAGAUAAACUACAGGACAUUCUGAGAGAGGAACGGACAAACAUCUCACUGACAGUCACUGAAGUGGAUGUUUUAGUGUCAGAUCCACCAGCAGAGCCAAAGACCAGAGCUGAAUUCUUAAAAUAUUUGCGUGACAUCACACUGGAUCCAAACACAGCAAACACACAGCUGUUAGUAUCAGAGAGGAACAAAAAAGUUACAUUUGUGAAAUAUCAGCAGUCUUACCCUGAUCAUCCAAACAGAUUCAGAUAUUGUUGUCAAGUUCUGGGUAGAGAACGUCUGACUGGACGUUGUUACUGGGAGGUGGAGAGGAAAGGGCGAGUUUAUGUAGCAGUCGCGUACAAGAACAUUAGCAGAGCAGGGUGUGGAAAAGUGUGUGGAUUUGGUCGUAAUGACAAAUCUUGGGCAUUAGAUUGUUCCAAAAACAGUUACACAUUUUGGCACAACAACAUUGAAACUCCAGUUUCAGGUCAUGGGUCCUCCAGAGUAGGAGUGUACCUGGAUCACAAAGCAGGUAUUUUGUCUUUCUAUAAAGUCUCUGAAACUAUGACUCUCCUCCACAGAGUUCAGACCACAUUCACUAAGCCGCUUUUUGCUGGACUUUGGUUUUACAAUAAUUAUGGAGAUAUUGCUGAGUUCAUCAAACUGAAAUAGACUGAACUCGUUCAUAUUGUUGUGGGUUU